GCUACACAAAAUUGAUGCAGUCUAAAAGAGAAACAGAGCUCACACAAAGGUGGUCUCAGCACUUGGGAUCCCAUAUCUUUAAUCCAGCAUUAGAGAGAAACAUAAGGCAGGAGGAAACAGGAACUGAGUGCAGUCUGAGGUUUGGUGGAGAGCAGUGCAGUCUGGAGAUGCAAUCUGAGGCCAGAAUCGCCCCUUCAGUGUGAGCAUUGGUAGACCGAGAACCCUCACGUGGUUGGCUGUUUUGCUUCCCUGCUCUUCAACCUUAACCCCAAUAUUUGUCUCUGGGUUUUUAUUAUUAAUACCAUCUAGAAUUUGUGCUACAUUCAAAAGGCACCAUUGAUGCUAUAACAUGGGCAUUUCUUAGUUUUGUUAAUAUCUUAAAUAUAUCUUUUCAAACUUGAGAUUAUGGGGGCAAGAUUCCUUAAGAUUGUUCUUAUGUGGUUGAAAAUAAAUAAACAUAUUUCACAUUGUUAAAAAAGAAUUUGUGCUGCAGUGUAACUUCAUCUAUAAAGAUAAGUCAGUUUAUCUGGAUUUAACUGAGAGAACUAACAUCCAGUUCCUUAAAACUUCAUGUUCCCUUCCAGUGUCUGAAAUCAGCCAGGACUGCCAGUGCCUUUGGGGCAGAACUUGCUUUGAGAUCUGCCUGAGCCCAGUGCAGCUUUUAUCCUACUCUCUACUGUGUCUCCAUCUCUGGCAUCCUGUGCUGGCACCAGGGUGGUCACCCCUUCAACAACUUCCUUGUGGGUGGGUGUGGCUACUUCUACUGCUUACUGAGGGCUUCCCAAACCACCAUAGCACUUCAGCUCAGAGGCAUUUCUAGUUGUCCUAUUUUAAAACUUACACACACACACACACACACACAUACACACACGCGCGCGCGCCUCUCCCUCUGCCCCCCUUAUAUUCAUUGACAGAUAACAUUCUGGGAUCCAGGUUAAAGGUUGUGGAUUAUAGUUAUUUGGGUAGAUGAUUCUGCAGGAGGCUUCUAGUUUGUUCCAGAGUUUAAUCAUUCAGUUUUUAUUUUCCCUGUUUUCUCUCAGUGAUAGGCAUAUGUUUUGUCUCUGAUUGAUAUGUCAGGGUCAGUCUUGAGCCGUGGUGGAUAAGGCAUGGACAUUUCUUAUGAGAGUGAAAUGCAUUUCUUACUUUAUCAUAAGCCCUAGCACUGUCUUCAUAAUUUGCAACAGCAACACCCAGUAUAAAAUGAAAAUGUUACAUCCUCUGUUCAAAAUAAAAAAGUGUUACUGAAAGUAUUGAAAUUAAAUUUUCUUCUUUAGUUUUCUAUUUAGGUUUAUGUAUUUAUAUUGAAACAGUUUCACCAUGUAGUCCUAACCUAAAACAAACCUGAUUAUGUAGCUAGCUGGUGACUGGUCAAAUUGUAGUGAUCCUCUUGUCUCAGGCUCCUAAAUGUUGAGACUACAGCUGUGAGCAAUCUAGAUUAUUUAUUUUCUGGGAUCCAGAGUCUCAUUGUAAAACCCAGGCUGACCUCCAAACACGUGUCACCCUCCCUGAGUGCUGUGAUUGCAGGUUGUGUCACCAUCCCUAGCUCUACCAAGGAGUUUUAAAACCACACUUAAGGCUGCUCCCCAAAAGGCACGUGGGCACUCAGAGAAGAUGGGAGGAACCACAGUGACCUCUUACUGCUCUAGGCACCACAUCCUUCCGAGUUCCUCUUCCUGUCUUGGCAGUGGUGGACCACGAGGAAGAACCAAACUAUUGACCAUGGCAAUAUUCUUUUGAGGCCAGUGUCCUGAGGCCCAAAGGAUAAUGUGCCUCAUGAGGAAUGACAGAUACAUAAACGGCACUGAAGAAAUGCUACUAGGAAAUGUAUGUUCUCCAGAGAGUCAGAACCAGAGCAUUGAUGGACCCAGAUGUGAUCAAGCAUCUAAUGGUUAGAGCAAGACAGACUACAGCCACAAAGUCCACUCCUGAGUAUUGCAUCUCUACAUAGAAACUGAUAGCUCCCUGUGCAUCUAGUGUCUGCAGACUCCCAAAGAGAUUUGCUGAAUGCAAAAACCUUUGGAGUAUAACUUUCUUUUGUUUAGGGUUUGCUUUCCAUGUUUCAGUCAUGAAAUAGGCAUGGGGAAAACAGUGGUGCAAAUAAUUUGGCAGAGAUAAAUGUCAGUUGGUUGAGUCAUACAUAAUCUGUUGAGAAGAAAUUUGACUGAGCAGUAGCUUAGAAUUUCAAAAUCCCAGAAAGUCCAGGAACUUGAGAAAUAGAGGUGCAUUGCACAGUCUCAGCUGAGAGUCCACGUCCUGGUGGCCCUUUUGUGACUGACCUUUUCUGCUCUUCUCUACCAGUAAGGGCAACAGGCUUUCAGAUUUCACAAUUCUCAGGACUCAGGUGGUCACCUGGAAUGUCCCUCUGAGGACAACGUCCCAAACUACUUUCCUUUUCAGCUCUCUAACAGUUGCUCUGCUGGCCUCACGGUCCCAUCUGAAACAGAAAGUCUACCGUCUACCUCUGUAGUAUGAAGACUUCUGUUCUCUGGCUAAAGCUUCCUGACUAUGUAAUAGCAUGUGGGAGGGGCAAAUACACUCCACUGCAGCCACACCCUCUGGCAAAGAUACAAAUAGUGAUGCUUGGGACUGGUCUUCAGAGCACUCUGCCUUCACCAUGAAGUCCAGCGGCUUCUUCCCUUUCAUGGUGCUCCUUGCUCUGGGGAUCUUGACAUCCUGGGCUUUGCAUGGACCAUUAAGAUAUGCUAUCAAACCUGGAGCUUGCUAUUCAAGAGUAGCGCCGAUAUGCUCAUAUACUCAAAUAUCAACCUGUGAGUUUGACUGGGAAUGUCCAGAAAAUCUGAGGUGCUGCAAGUUUUUCUGUGGUCGCAAAUGUAUUGAACCUUUUACCAUCAACAAUCUAGUCAGGAAGAAGCCUGGCAAGUGCCCAGAGCUUAAAAUGGAAUGUUUGAUGUUACGUCCUUUCAAAACCUGUGAGUGGGAUGGGCAGUGUGAAGCUGAGUAUAAGUGCUGCCAAAGUGUGUGUGGGAAACUCUGUUUUCCCCCACAGAAAGCCUGAUUCCUGACAUUUGCAGAUGGCUUUGAACUCCUGCCCUGUGUGGUCUGGAAAUUCCUUCUCUGCUCCCAGGUCCCCAACUCCCAGGCUUCGAUCUAGUGGAGAGGGCUUGUUCUGCCACAAACAGCUCCUUUUGGCACGUGCUCAGCAUUCAGGAGUCUUUAAGGAAAUAUCAUUGAAGAGCAAUUUAAUAAACAUGUUUAUGUCUCUAA